AGCGGCCGCCGUCCGUCCCGACCGGCGAGGCGUUUCGUUGGUUCUUCUAGCCUUUUCUCCACUGACAGAGUCGCAGCUAGAGCUAGACCAUCACAUAUGGACUACAAAUCAGGCUCGGAUACAUAAAAAAAAGGGACUACAACUUCUGGAACUGAACCAGAUGCUUUGCAACAGGAUUACAAUUUCAUACUGUGUGGUUGACAGUUUAGGACUACAAAUCCCACCUCAACUGGAGCGGGAACCAGCUGGGAGGACAGAGACAGAGGAGGCGGUUUGGUCACAGGACACGGGACUGUUCGGGGCGAUGAUGCCACAACUGCGUGUUUUCCUGAACUUGUUUGCAGGUACAUUUCGGCUCUUAAACUGACGCAGCUACAAACAAAUGUCUGUUUAUGUACAUGUUAGCAUCACAGUAGCAACAAGCGGCUAAAUGAGACGACGGACGACAUUAAAGCCUUUACAGCCUCGUUGUGUUUAGACUCUCGCAAACUGUUCUAACUCACCUCUACAACUUGUAGAUUUUAAUUACAAGUUGGAGGUUUAGUGGUGUUGACGACCUCGUUUUAAGAAAUGAUCUUGAGCUGAAUAAAACCUGUGAGAGUCGUAAACCUUCGUUCACCACAGAGCUUAUUUUCCAGGUUGGACUACAGAAAUAUGUCGUCCCUGCAGCAAUCUAUUGGCUAUUGCCUUUUAUAGACUGGUCGUCACUUCACUUGGUACCAAAGAUCGGCCGUUCUGUUUAGUAGAUCUCAGAUUUGGGUAAGAAGGUUUGUUGCUUGGCGAGCUUGGUCCUUUGUCAUGUGACUGUAUUGGUAAAGGCGAGGGCAUAUUGGUGUCAUCGAGCCCCAGUAGUGCAGCUUAUGUAGCGUUGGUAGAUCUCUACCAGAUUCCUCUAGUCAUAAAGACCCAAUAACAGGAAAAUGUGCCAAAGCUUUGCAACAGAACAUGCAAAUGUAAAACAGCUUCACUGUUUGGGAAUCAGUAGCCAGUCCCUAAACGCUUCGCUUGUUGAAAUCACAAUAUGACCGAUAUCCAAAUUACAGAAGCUGCAGUUGUUUGAAGGUAAAAUGUGACAGACAGCAUUAUAAUGAAGUUCUACUAGAGUAUUCAUGAUUUAAUUGUUUUUUCAACAAAAAUUACUUUGGUGACGCUAAAAUGAUUCCAGCAAAUCGUGAAUCAUAUCGCAAUAUCUGUCAAAAUAAUCAGCAAUAGAUGGUUUUUACCACAUCGUGCAGCCCUAGUUAUAACAACCAGAGCUGAUCUCCACAUUGCAACCAUCGUGUGUAAAUGUGAAUAUAUUUGUUCCAUCAGAUAUGUGUUCACUAAACUACAAAUAAUUAGCAAAGAGCAGUUACAACUUUAACAGUGUGACACAUCUUCUCACAGUCACAUUCGCCCAGUUAAACCUUUAUUCAGAAGUUAUCUCAGGACAUUUUCAGAUGUAGACUGAUGAUACUCUCAUUAUCUACCGACCAAACAAUUAAUGUGUCAGAUAGAUAUUUAAUCAGCAUUAGGUAAAUAUCAGAAUCAGAUCGGAUACUCAGUAUUAAAGAACUCAUCGGGGCUGAAAACAGUCGAUCGGGACAUCCCCAAACAAAAAUAGACGUGACCUGUCAGAAAAAGCCCAUCGUUCACGGUGCUUAAACCCAAAUGUAAUGAAUAUAGUGUCAAUGCACUAUAUUAAGCCUUUUGGAACCUCGGUCAACUUUCUCCUUUCCGUUUGCAGAGUGAAAAGGGGCGGGGCUUAGGAUGAUGUGAAUGCUCCAACGUAAACAUAAGAAUCCUUCCACCAUUGAUCCCAUAUGUAAACUUUCACCACCUGUGAUCAAACUGUCUCCUCCUCUUCCUCCACCUCCUCCUUGCAACCUGUAAACCCGAUCAUUGCCAAACCGGGAAGAUUCAGGCCUCAAGUGGACCACUGCUGUCACCACAGACACAAUGACAGUUUGACCAAAACCGGACGACAAGUUUAACCUCAAAGGAAAGACUUUACCACAGAGGGAGUACAAACUGACCUCAGCAGGAAGUGAUCCAGGACUGUUAUUAAGGACUACAACUUCACCACAGUAGGACUACAAUUACCACAUCACUGUUAUCUGUCUCUUCUGUCUACCUCCUCCUCAAGAACUUAAAAGGCACCUUGAUUGAUUUUUACUGGGCUGUGUUCAUGCUGGAACGACACGAUCUGCUUCUCAACUCUCUCGAUGGUCCAGA